GCAGGAACUAAUCAAGGCUCCCUGGGUACCCAAGCGUUGUAGAGACGUCGAGGACCGUCGAAUGGUCUCGUCUAGCGUCAUACAGAGUCGUAUAACCUCUGCCUGGUAUAGGUAGAGUCUGGCGAAGACCCGGGCCCUCUCAAAAUAGGGCAAGACCCCUGAAAUCACACUCUGCCUCCUCCACACGGUGUCCGACUCCUCAGGAGCUGCAUGGACGUACCAGGACAUGGAGCGGGCAGGUACACAACGAGAUGCCUCGCGAUCAUUGCAAUGCCAGUGUGCCAGCCACUGUGAUGACUGCACUGCCAUGUGGCCCUUCCUCAGCCACGGCCAGCACCUUCCUCCCUCUCUUAGAAGCCGGGAGGAGAUGCCGUCAACAGCCUGAGCAAUAAACGCUCCUCGUCGCAACAGUUCCUGCAUCAUGUUUGACCAGACUGACUUCGCUGCUGCCAAAAAAGCGUGCAAAUCCAGACUGCAGGCCUCCUUCCCUCGCCAGCAGACUCUGCAUCCCAGUGCUAUAAAGCAUUCCUCUUCUUCCUCUUUCUCAUUUCUUCUUCUUCUCUUUCUUUCACACGCCCAAUCCUCUCUUUUCCCACAGCUGGCACCGUUGCAUUAUCACAUUCGUAUCCCAACAGCUAUAACCAAGAUGCAUUUCUUCGCUCUCGUUCUUUUCCUUGCUGGUGCCAGCGCAGUUGCCCUCAAGGGCCGCGCUGAAGAUGGCCACGACAACGUCCUGUACGGUCGUCAGGAUCAGCCAACCCUCACGACCAUGACUGCUACCGUCACCAACUCGAAUGGUGACACAGGUACCAUCACCGCCACAUUCACUAACGUCGCCUCUGUCUCAACUUCGACUUCGGUUUCGACUUCGAUCUCGACUUCGGUCUCGACAGUCAGCACCGCUUCUGCAGCCACGACUACUGUCACUGCGACGGUCACCAGUACUCUCACUCUGAGCGCCUCAGCCUCGACUGUCACCACGACUGCAACUCAGACGGUUACCGACGGCAGCAGCCAAACAGGCGCUGGAAGUGCAAUUUUGACCGUUACGUCCAACAGCAUCCAAACAGUCACCUUCACGGCUCCUGCCAACCCCCAGGCUCCCGUACAGCCGUCGACUCUGACGGUGACUGCAAACAACCCCUCUACCGUGACUCUCAGCAACGCUCAACCUCCUGCGCAGACUACGACUGCUUCAGUGACUGCAACAUCCACGGCGACACAGGUUCAGAUUCAGACCCAGACCCAGACACAAACCCAAACCCAAACCCAAACUCAGACGAUCCGCGUACCUUUCGGAGCUGGAGGCCGGUUCGGCGGCCCUUUCGGCGGGCGAUUUGGCAUCUAGGCUGUCCUACCUGGUAGCAAAUUGCCUUGGGGAAGACGGUGGACACCGAGAGAAAUUUAAGAGUCCAAAACACCGGACAAUGGAUUGGGCGAAAUGGGCUGGGCAUUCAGUCUGGGAGUUGGACAGGCCGAGUGAGUGAAAGUAGGCGGGAAAAGAUUGGAAUCAUGGCGAGAGAAAGUGACCUGGCUGGAGUUGGAUGCCGCUGCAUUGGGCGAGAAGGGGGAGUAUCCAUACUUGCAUAUCCUUAGACUGUUGGUGGCCCACGGCCCUUGAGCCGUAGGACGAAAACAGUGAUUACUUUCGCUUUACCAAAUGCUUCUCUGCCAAGUAAAUACUCGUUGCUGC